CUUUGUUGUAAUAUUUGCUAAAAUAAACAACGACGACAUACUAUACCUAAGACUUGAGUUUCACUAGAGUCCAGAUCUAAAUUAUUAAUAUUGUAAGUGUAAGGAUGACAUCCAUGUCUAUGACGAGGUACACAAGUACAGCCGUCUUGUUGCUGGGACUGUGGACACUCCCUUCAAGCGGCGAGGUUAGCCAGAACUCUAGUGAUGGAACCUGCAGCGCCCCUACGUCUCAGAAUGGCGCUCUUCCACUGAUACCGACUUUCGAAAACGACACGGUGUAUCUGACUGUCAAUGAGUUAAAAGAUCUGAGGCUGGCUGUGAAGGAGUUAAAAGAUCUGAGGCUGGCUGUAAAGGAGUUGAAAGAUCUGAUCGCUGCCGCCAACAACGCGAUCGACUACAGCCACCAGGCGACUGAUAGAAUGUAUUUGAUGAUCUUCAUAUUUCUUUCUGUCGUCGGACUACUGGGUCCUAACUUCUUCAAAACCGUCAUCGUCAUAGAGCGUGAAGUUCAGCCGUCUCAACUCACCUUUAACAACAAUGGCCGUGGUACUCAAAAUAUAAUCACCGGGACAGGGACAAUUAAUUCAUACAAAAUAUGUAAAAUAGCCUUCAGAAAUUUAUUCUCACCUGACCAAUCAAUGCCCGGGACAUCUGAUGUUCCCACCAAUAGGAGCGAGUCUGCUGACCCGGCCGGUUUGACUAUUGCUGUGCCGGACGGUGUGCCGGUUGGAGUGCCGGUUGGAGUGCCGGUUAAUAUGCAUCUACAACUGACAACAACUGACAACACAGCUGGCCUAGUUACAAUGGAAACUAAAAGCCCCAAGCCGAGUGAUGAUAGAGAGGAUGAUGAAACACUGGUGCCAUUAUCACUUGAGACGCCACACUGAGUUCCAGAAAGUAUCCAGCCUCGACUGAGAUUCAUUCCUUCCUCUGGGUUAGCUUUAUACGUCUAUAAGUGCUCCAUUCAAUGUACACCCCCAGCUAUAUUUCUUCUAUUUGCAUUAAUUGUUUAUUUUAAAAAAUUGCAUUGUUUUGAAAAUAUAUAUUCUCCCUAAUCAAACUAUACAAUGUCUUGUGUUCUAA